UUUUCGAGACAAGGUUUCUCUGUGUAGCCCUGGCUGUCCUGGAACUUGCUCUGUAGACCAGGCUGGCCUUGAACUCAGAGAUCUGCCUGCUGAGUGCUGGGGGUAAAGGUGUGCACCCCCACUGCCCAGCUUUGUAACAGGGUUUUUAUCUCCCAGGUGAGGAAGCUGAAGGGUCACAGGUAUACAGUGGACAGGGCCCACUGUGAGCCCUGGCUAGCCUAGAACUUGUUCUGUAGACCACUGGCUUUGACCUCACAGAGAGCGGCCUGCCUCUGCUCUAGUUAAAGGCGUGUGUCACCACGCCCUAGUGAGCACACAGAGUGUGAAGUGGCAGAGGCAGAGUUUGACACUAGACCAUCACAGCCCCCUCAAACACUUAUUCACCAAAGGAGAAAGACAGGGGAAACACCAGGGUCCCAGAAGGAAGAUGACAGCAGCCUGUCUCUGGGGGUGGGGCUGUGGUUUCUCUGAUCUCAGCACCCCCUCUACGCUGGCCCCGCCCCUGCCCCUCCCAGAGCCGCCCUGAAGUGGUGGGGUGAGAGUGCCUCCUUGCUCACCCCUCUCCCUUUGGGGAGAGCACUGCAGACCCAGGCCCCACCUACCAGAGGACCUUCUUCUCCCUCAUCGGUACCCCUCCUGGGGGUAGGUGCAUCUGCCUACAUCCCCACCUGCCUGGCCUCCAGGACCCCUGGGGCCAAAGCAGGUCAUCUGAGAUGACGGUCAAGCUAGAUUUUGAAGAAUGUCUCAAGGAUUCACCCCGCUUCCGAGCCUCCAUUGAGCUGGUGGAAGCUGAAGUGUCAGAACUGGAGACCCGCCUGGAAAAGCUCCUCAAGCUGGGCUCCUGCCUCCUGGAGAGUGGGCGUCACUACCUCGCUGCCAGCCGUGCCUUCGUUGCUGGCAUUUGUGACCUGGCCCACCUGGGUACGCCGGAGCCCAUGAUGGCGGAAUGUCUGGAAAAAUUCACUGUGAGUCUGAGCCACAAGCUGGAUAGCCAUGCUGAGCUUCUUGAUGCCACUCAGCACACCCUGCAGCAGCAAAUCCAGACCCUGGUCAAGGAAGGUCUCCGGGAUUUCCGAGAGGCCCGCAGGGAUUUCUGGCGAGGAGCUGAGAGCUUGGAGGCUGCUCUUACCCACAAUGCAGAGGUCCCCAGGCGCCGUGUCCAAGAAGCAGAGGAUGCCGGGACUGCUUUGAGGACCGCUCGAGUUGGGUACCGGAGUCGGGCAUUGGAUUAUGCCCUGCAGGUCAACGUGAUUGAGGACAAGAGGAAGUUUGACAUCAUGGAGUUCGCGCUGCGUUUGGUAGAGGCCCAGGCUACCUAUUUCCAGCAGGGCCAUGAAGAGCUUAACCGGCUGGCACAGUAUCGGAAGGAGUUGGGUGCCCAGUUGCACACCCUGGUCUUGAACUCGGCUCGUGAGAAGAGAGACAUGGAACAGAGGCACGUGUUACUGAAGCAGAAGGAGCUGGGCGGUGAGGAGCCAGAGCCGAGCCUAAAGGAGGGGCCUUGUGGCUUGGUAAUGGAAGGACAUCUUUUCAAACGAGCCAGCAAUGCAUUUAAGACCUGGAGCAGACGCUGGUUCAGCAUUCAGAACAACCAGCUGGUUUACCAGAAGAAAUAUAAGGACCCCGUGACCGUGCUGGUGGACGACCUGCGUCUCUGUACGGUGAAGCACUGUCCAGACUCAGAAAGGCGCUUCUGCUUCGAAGUAGUGUCCACCAGCAAGUCCUGCCUCCUCCAGGCCGACUCAGAGCGUCUCCUGCAGCUGUGGGUCAGUGCUGUUCAGAGCAGCAUUGCCUCAGCCUUCAGCCAGGCUCACCUGGAGAACAGCCCUCCGGGGCCAGGCCAGGUCUCAGGACACCUUGCCUUGGGCUCUGCUGCUACUCUGGGCUGUGGUGGGCCAGCCCGGGGAAGGGAGCCUGGGGGGACUGGGCAGGUGGCUGCCCAGGUACAGAGCGUAGAUGGAAACGCACAGUGCUGCGACUGCAGGGAGCCAGCCCCAGAGUGGGCCAGUAUCAACCUUGGAGUCACGCUCUGCAUUCAGUGUUCCGGCAUCCACAGAAGCCUUGGUGUGCACUUCUCCAAAGUGCGGUCCCUGACUCUUGACUCGUGGGAACCAGAGCUCGUGAAGCUUAUGUGUGAGCUGGGGAAUGUACUCAUCAACCAGAUCUAUGAGGCCCGGGUGGAUGCCAUGGCGGUGAAGAAGCCGGGACCCAGCUGCUCCCGGCAGGAAAAGGAAGCCUGGAUUCACGCCAAGUACGUGGAGAAAAAGUUCCUGACCAAGCUUCCUGAAAUUCGAGGGCGGAGAGGUGGCAGGGCACCGCCAAGAGGACAUCCUCCUGUGCCCCCAAAGCCUUCCAUCAGGCCGCAGCCAGGGGCCGUCAGACCCAAGUCAGAGUCCCCGUGUGAUGACAUGGGCAGCCUGCACCCUGGGGCGCUGCUGUUUCAAGCCUCUGGACACCCCCCGUCUCUUCCCACCAUGGCUGAUGCCCUGGCCCACGGAGCUGAUGUCAACUGGGUCAAUGCGAGUCAGAGGAAUGCCACACCUCUGAUCCGGGCCACGGCCGCUAAUUCUCUCCUGGCCUGUGAAUUUCUUCUCCAGAACGGGGCGAAUGUUAACCAAGCAGACGGUGCCGGCCGGGGCCCGCUCCACCACGCCACCAUUCUUGGCCACACAGGGCUCGCUUGCCUGUUCCUGAAACGGGGUGCAGACCUGGGGGCUCGCGACUCGGAAGGCAGGGACCCUCUGACCAUUGCGAUGGAAACUGCCAACGCUGACAUCGUAACCCUGCUAAGGCUGGCAAAGAUGAGGGAGACGGAAGCGGCUCAGGGCCAGGCAGGAGACGAGACGUAUCUCUACAUAUUCCGAGACUUCUCCCUCAUGGCGUCAGACGACCCAGAGAAGCUGCGCCGUCGGAGUCACGACCUCCACACCCUUUGAUUCCAGACCCCUCCCAACCCUGCCCCGGCCCGUUCUCCACUAAAGUCUCAGCUUCGCUC